CAUGCAACAAGCAAAACAAUAAGAAGAUGGGCUAAUAUUCUCAUAUUAGACGAAUACAGUUCAUAUUCAACUCCAGCCAUGGCCUGUAGUUAGCAAAAUGGCUGAUUCAAAAACCCCUGUGCCCAAAUUCGCCAGCUUUAGACCCAAGGCUACAAAACAGGCAGAGACACACUCGCAUCUUGUGGAUACUGCACUCCUAAAUAACGAAGAAAAUGACGCGAUCAAGAAUAGGAGAAUACGAGAAGGCAAGCACAACAAUGAAAGCCAUGAACGUGAACGUGGACGGCGAAGGGACCGAAGCAGCGACAAGAAAUCACACAGCCAUGCACGUCAAGAGCCUGGGCAUGAAUUGACCAGCACAAAUGCGAUUGAAAUCAGCAAGGAGCUCUUUGAGAAUGCUUCGGACAUUUACCGCGUUGACCGCAAAGGAGAUCCAGACAACCUGCGUUAUCGCGGUCUACACAAGUACAGCAUACCACCGUAUAAGCGCAUUGGAUAUGGGGCUGUUUUGGGCGCGCCGUGGGAAGAGCGAAUAGACAGAACUUUUCCAGAAGAUAAAGGCAUCGUUCUUGCUCGUCCUGAGCGAGAUGGAAAAGCUCGGCGAAGUUUGCUGCAUAAACAAGUGGUGGCCGAUAAAAAGAAGCUACGCUUGAUUCGACCAGACACCGAUCAUCAUGAUCACUUUGAAUUUACAGAAUCAUUUAUACAGCUUCCAAAAAGCAGCAGAAAACGAAAAUGUAGGUCUGAGUCGCCAAACGCGGAGCAGAAUGACAUCGAUUAUCGAUCUAUAGAAGGCGAAGCAAAACCUCUCAAACAAGCAACAGACUCGGAUCUGGAGUCCGCAUCCUCUUCUGAUGCUGAAUUGGAAUAUGAAGAUGAGAACCGAGCCGCGAGGAUCCGAAAUGCAGAGCUUUCACGACGAACACGGGAUCAUCCUCAAGACCUUGACGCCUGGCUAGCAUUGAUAGAACACCAACGACUCGUGCUGGGAUUUGGUGCGGGUGACCUGUCUCAUGCUAAGAUGCGUACUCUGGCAGACAUUAGAAUCUCGAUAUACGAGCAAGCUCUUGCGGUGGUCAAGAGCCCACAAGCACGUGCGCGAUUGACUCUAGGUAUGCUAGAAGAGGGCUCAAAGUUAUGGGAGGCUAAGAUGCUGGCAAAGAAGUGGGAAGAAGCGCUACGCAUGCAAAGCAAUGAUUUGAGCAUUUGGAUGGCAUAUCUCAGAUUCAUUCAAAGCAGCCAUGCCGAAUUCCGGUACGAACGUUGCAGGGAUGAGUAUAUUAAAGGCUUAGAAAUACUAGGCAAGACUCUUGCCAAAGCCGAAACCGCGGCAGAUUCUGCUGAUAUCGCACGCAAUCUUGUCUACGUCUUCCUACGUUUGACGUGUAUGAUGCGGGAUUCGGGUUACCACGAGUUCUCUAUCGCACUUUGGCAAGCGGUACUAGAACUUCACUUCUUCAGGCCGACAAAGCUUCAAGAUGACGAGGGAAUAGCCCAAGCAUUUGAAGAGUUCUGGGAGAGCGAAGUACCGCGUUUGGGCGAAGAGCAUGCCAAAGGGUGGCUCAACUAUUUGCCCGAGCAAGACGAGACUCCGGAUCCGCAGAGGGUUGAGAUCAGCCAAAUCACAAGUGCAAGAAGGCUUUUCAAAAGGUUUGCUGAAGCAGAGCAAGCGGCUAGGUCGAAGAUGGCUUUCCCUGGGCGGAGUGCCGAUGAAGCUGGCGAGGAUGAUCCCUACCACAUUGUGUUUUUUAAUGACCUCAAAACAGUUCUGUUUCCACACACGCUUCGGCUGCCGGCUGGCCGUGAUCUUAUUGUUGCAUUUCUCCUCUUCUGGGGCUUGCCUCCUUUGCCCUUGGCCGAAUCGAGGGAAUACGAUUCCUGGUGGCUGGAUCCGAUGCUUCAAGCUAAAGCCAAUCCAGAGACUUUGGUGCGGCACUCUCAAUGCACGACUGAUAUCCUCUUUGGGGACGGAUUCUUAGGUCUUGAUGAAGGAGAGAUGCGAUUGCCUCGAAGGACUUUACGAAGUUUGGUCGACAUGUGCCCUAUAUAUAUGGUCGAUGUUCUCGCUGAGUACUAUAUAGCCUUGGAAUAUCAUUUCGAACCUGAGAGCGCAUCAAAGAUAGCGAAGCGGCUUUUGAAGAGGCACAGUUCAAGCCUUCGCUUGUACAAUUGCUAUGCCAUCCUUGAGAGUCGCACCAAGGGAACAGCGGCCGGAGGUCGUAUUUUCUCUACCGCCAUCGCAAUGGCCGACAGUCUGGCCCAUAAUCUAAAGAUUGUACUCUAUCGUACAUGGAUUUGGGAGGCAUUGCGCGCUGAAGACGCCAAUAUCGCUACGGGCAUCCUGUUAAGUGUGGAUGGAGAUAGCAAGGACGUCACAAAUCCAAUAUUUUCCCCUGCUGUUGAACUGCGCGUCACACGAUGGCUGCGUGACGAGCACAACGCUAUGCUCUCUGCCGGUGAGGUUCACUUAGCCGUUCUUCAUGCAGAGCUUCUCGCACUUCUGGCGUAUUUCAAGUCCGAAAGAUCGAUCGAGGCAGCUCUGAAGUCCUUUGAUGAGACAGAGCAAGCGCUCACCUCGCGCAAGCUCGUGAGCCAUCCCGCACAUGAAGUGCUUCACCAAGCAAAAACGCAACUGAUUGCCUUUCAUCUUAAAUCCGUACACAUCUGGCGACCAGCGCUUAUCCGAGAUUCCCUCGCCCACAGCAUCAGGCUUUUCCCCAACAACACACUUUUCCUUUCCGAAUACCAGAAGAUUGGCCCGGACCUCAACGUCCACGGACCACACUCCCUCCUGGAAGACGUAGUUCUCGUCGAAGGCAAAGACUCAAUCAUCGGCUGGUCAUUCGUCCUGAAGACAGGCCUUCAACGUGGCUUGGAGCUCGGCGGCACUGUGCACGCGGUUCGCGCCACGUUCGAACGUGCCGUUUCCCACUCCGGUCGCCACAGCAUCCACAUUUGGACGCACUACCUUCUCUUCGAACUGCAGCGAAAGGAGUACAAGAAGGCAAAGGACGUGUUCUUACGCGGGCUGAGGGAGCUGCCGUGGGCAAAAUGGUGGGUGAUCCUCGGGUUGGACAAGCUGGGCGACGUGGUUGGGUUCGAGGACGGACGGAAAAUAUGGAGCGUGCUCGGAGAGCGAGAAUUGAGGGUGCACCUCAAUGUGGAAGAGCUGGUUGAGGAUGAGAGGGCGAAGAGACGUAGAGCAGAGGAGAAAGAGUUGCUCAAGCGAUCUGAGUGAAUUUUUUUUCUCCCUAUCUAGAUGAGUCCUUAAACAACGCUGGGAUUAAGAAUCUUGGCUCUGAUUAAUGUACGAAAACCGAAUCGGCAUAUGCACUCCAAAGGACCCGAGUUUUUGGAGUAAAACAACAGACCAUUUAUUCUGCCAGACGAUCAUGGUUGCCUGUAGACGGCUCAGUGAGAUGUUGAGCCUCAAUUCUGCCAUCAGCCUCGGGUUCGUAUAGGGUAGAACAUAUCAAAAGCAAUGAUGCCCCCGUAAAC